AUGAGUCUCAACAAUAAAGAGCGUCUCGAUCAAGCUCUUGCUUUUUUCCAGUCCCUCGACCUGGCAGACAUAAUGAAAGAGGCGGAGCAAGUCACCGCUCACACACAACAGAAAGUCGCCCUUCGCCAAUCAUCGCCUUUGACUGUUUCUCUCGAGUCAUUGCAUGCUCUGCCACAAGGCAAGUCGGCUACCAUCCUACAUGCUUCCCCGGUCGAUCCUACAGGCCGCUUGCUUCCAUUUUGCAUAAAACUACGCGACAAAUUCAUCGAGGCUGGCUUCAUCCAAAGUGAGCCCGACAGAAGACCAGCAGGAAGACAAGACUCCUCCAUUCGCUUUGUCCAAGACAGUCAUCAGGCCGCUGGAUCCGCUACCAUUUCUAGUGAUGUGUCUUUACAACAACCAAAACCGCGGCCACUCCUCUUGCACGCGACUAUUGUCAAUACCAUCUACGUUCGUGGACGGCAGGGCCAGAACAAAGAUUCCAAGGGCAACAAUUCAUCCAAACGGCUUACAUUUGAUGCUCGCAAUCUGAUUUCACAAUAUCGAAAUUACUACUCUGAUGACAAGCGAACUAUUUUACACCGAGUGCCUGUUGGAUCUUCCGCAGACACCAAGAAUGAACCCCGCCGUGCAAAAUCUUCCCCAAUCCCCGAAAACAACACUAUCCCCCCCACGCAUAGAAGCAAUUCAGCCCCUUCUCUUCCACCAUCGCGGGGCUAUCCUUUUAUUUGGGCAAAGGAAAUUCCCCUGGAUACUAUCUGCAUCUGCGAAAUGGGCGCCAAGAAAUUACAUCCUGGUGUCGACGACCGUCAUGGUUCGAAUGGACGUCUCGGCGAGAAAUAUACGGUCAUUGCAGAGCGGAGUCUCAACCCAAGACUGUCACCGCGUCACUUGUCCAACACAACGCCCCCUCAUAACACGCUUCCGUCCAGCAGAAAAUGA